ACUUUCAAAAUUAACCGACAAAAGUUUCGCUUUUGAUCAAAUCGGUAUCGAUGUAAGUUUGAUAGUAAGGCGAAGUUCGUGUGUUCCUGGUUUAACUUUUUGUUGUGUAUGCUGGGGUAGCGCGAGACGGCAGAUCCUGCGCGUGCGGAUCGGGGUUUCGUCUCUACAUUGUUCCCAUUUCUGUGACUCGUUCUACCAGUGUGUCAGAAUGGGCUAAAAGCAACUGCUAGCAACUGAGCACCAUACACCUGGACCCUCCAGUCUCACCUGUGCACGGGCAGUGAGACUUGGCACCAUGCAAGGACCACGAAGGAAAGUGAAGGUCAUGCUGAUGAUGACAAUGGUGUUCAUCUUCAUCAUCGUGGAGGUCUCUCGUAAUGCUGGCAAGGGUGGUGACAAGAAUAAGCUGUUGAUUCCCUCAAAGCGUUUCUGGGCAAAAGAUUCUCCCAGUAAUGCCUACUGGAAUCGCCAACAACAACAGCUAAACUACAUCAACAACCACAACCUAAAAAAUCUCAACAUUACAACUGAAGAACUUCCAUAUUGGCUAAACAAUACUGUCAGUAUGGACUCCUGUGAGCCAGAUUUCAGGGUGACGACACAGGUUAAGGAUUACAAUUCUCUCCCGCAACGCUUCAAGGACUUUUUGUUGUAUAUGCGCUGCAGGUCGUAUCCCAUUGUGGUCGACCAACCACAUAUAUGCAAAGACCAACCGUUCUUACUCCUAGCAAUUAAAUCUUUAGUCCCCCACUUUGAUCGACGUCAGGCGAUCCGCGAGUCGUGGGGAAAAGCUGGCCGUGUUGCGAACAAGACAGUUGUUACGGUUUUUCUUCUUGGAAAUGCUGCCACAGAGGACCACUUUCCUGAUCUGUCCAAGAUGCUCUACCAUGAAAGCUCCAUGCAUGGAGAUAUUCUUCAGUGGGAUUAUAGGGACACCUUCUUCAACCUCACCAUCAAGGAUGUGCUUUUUCUGGAAUGGCUGAUUAUGCGCUGUCCUGGGGCUAGUUACAUCUUCAAAGGAGACGACGAUGUUUUUGUUAACACCAUUCGCAUUGUAGAAUUCCUUAGCAAUCUGUCCGAUGCCAAAGCCAAGGAACUUUUUGUAGGGGAUGUGAUUACAAAUGCCGGCCCACAUAGAGACAAAAAAGUGAAGUAUUUCAUUCCAGAAAGCGUUUUUGUUGGGACGUACCCUGCGUACGCAGGUGGUGGAGGCUACCUGUUCUCGGGACAGCUGGCCAAGAGACUUCAAGAAGUCUCAAGAAGGGUGCCUCUCUACCCUAUCGAUGAUGUCUACACAGGUAUGUGCCUUAUGAAACUGGGCCUUGCUCCUGAGAAGCACAAAGGCUUCAGGACUUUUGAUAUAGAAGAGAAGUACCGUGAUAAUGCCUGUGCCUACAACAGCCUGAUGUUAGUCCACCCCAGGAGUCCACAAUAUAUGAUCCAAAUCUGGACCUGGCUGAACGACCCAGCUUUAAACUGUCAGUAAACUCUCAGGGUUGCUCAUUUAAAUAAUUUUAGCGUUAUUCAUUUGUGAUGUUCAUUAUUGUCAUCGUGUGCAUGCAAACUUGUAGAGUAUCAAUCCAUUACACUGUAAAGGUCAGAAGAAACAACUAUGUAGAUAUGUGUGUAUAUAUUGUAAGUGUGGGUCAAAACGGCUGUCCUCAAAGUAUUGCAACAGCAACCUCUGUUGGUAAUGUUACAACAAGUAUUUAAAAAGUGCUUCUUUGACAACACUGGUUGAAAUGUCAGAUAUGCUGGAGAAUAGGGGAUUAUGGGCAGUUCAAUUCAGCUGGUCUGGAUGUGACUUAAUAGAUAUUGUGUUAUGCUAAAGCUCAUUUUGACUACAUGAAGAGUUUAUUUAAAUGAGUUAAAUCUUACAAUGCCUUAAGGUAGCUACAUUGUAAAAGGGAAUGCAGAAAUUCUCAAGGCACCAUUCAUCAUAUCACAAUGACAGAACCCCUUUAAAGAACUUAUAGUCUUAAACGCCCUGUUUAUGUACCUAAAGUUAUCCGAGAAGCUCAGUGGUUUAGUGGAAAUAUAACAAAUAACAAAUACUUUGAUGCAAUCAAAAUGUAAUCAGAAGUUAACAGAUUACAUCGAGUAAACAGGGUGUUUUUACACUCUUUAAAUGUUUUUCGAGGUUCUUUGCAUGCAAUUUUAUAGUGUAUACAUUUAAGAUUGUUCCAAAAUUGUAUUUUGCAAUAUCAGACAAUCACUUGUCGGACCAAACAGCAGAUUAGCCAAUGCUAGACUUGCUGUUCCCUUUUCAUAAAGUCCAUGAAAAUAAAUGCUGCAUAUUUUGCUGAUAAACCUGACUAAAACACUUGUGCCUUGCUAAUAUGAACAGUCUCAGGAUGCUCACCCUGCUGAAAUGAAAUACUCAAAUUAUUUUUAGGUUUGAAAAUAAUAUAUUUUGUAUUGUAGAUGUGUAUUAGGUCUUAGAGUAAAUGAGGAAAGGUUGUGGGGUCUUUGUUUCAAUUUUCAUUCAAAUUUCAAGAAUUCUUUGACUAAAUUCAAGCAACUUCCAGUUUUCAAAAGCCUUUUCAACCACAGGUAUUUCACUGUUUUGUCAUAAUUUCCAUUCUGUUUAGGAGUAGUAGAAGAGAAUCAACUGGCUGCCCUUGUUACUAAAUAGAAUGGCCCCCAAGUGUGUUAUAGUGACCCCUACUGUUGAAAGCAGAGUUUUUAAAUAAAACACUGGAACCUUUUUCAUAACUUGGCAUUGAAACGGUGCUAUUACUCCCCAGAUUUCUGUCUGAUAGAUAGAGUAUUAAAAUAAUGAGCAUAUUCUGCCAGUCUACUAGAAGUUUAUUUUUCUUGUGUUGUUUUGGUUAGGGCUAUCCAGCACAGCAGUGGCCUGUUUAUCUAAAUUAGUCACGUUUAAAGGUUUGUUGACCAUCCACUCAAAUAAAUAUUUUCUGCUUGCAAUGCAUCACUAUUUUAGUUUUUAAGUUAUUCAGCGGGCUGUGAGGAAUGAAGGUCAUGAGUAUGUUUAUGCUAUUGUCUGGAAAU